AGAGAAGCUUGAGGAACCAAGUUGCUGCUAGAAGAUCGAAUUCAGAUGGGUGAUCCUAACAAACGGGAAUGGCAAGUGUGAGGACCUCAAUGCUCCAACAGAAUUCUGGAUCAGGAACCCCAGAUGCAGGAAUUCAAGACCUCAGUUCUGGAACAAAACUCAUGGCUUCCUAAGAACCUUCAGUGGGCACCUCAUAAUGCUGAGGAUUGCUAAUUCACACGAGAUUUCCACGUCAAUGAUUUUAAGCAAGUUUUUUCGCUGCAGCUCAGCUUUAACCGUUCCCGGGCCUCUCGGAGCUGUGGACGCUUAUGAUGUAAGCAGCUCAGAGCGAGCUCCAUUUCAGUUUGCAGUCGCUGCUUUAAAAGCCAAGCCGGAUAGCCGGUUUCUCGGGCUGGCUUCAAGUGAUGUCAUCCAACUCCAGCCAGGCGAGGAAGAGCCUCGCUGCAUCGCUACCCUGGACAGCGCCGGCCACCGCUGCUGCUGGCAACACGCAGGCGGAAAAGUAACGUGCACUUCAGUGUCUCCUGAAACAAGCAAGACCAAUGGACAUUAAGCGAGCAUUCUCCAAUGGGGCAGGGGCACCUAAUGCAGUGAUUAUCUAAUGCUGCAACCAAAGCAAUUUCUAACGUGCAGCUCAGCCGGUAUAUUGUUGGGCAUUUCCAAAGCAUUUUCUUCGAAGUGCAUAAAUAUAGAUUUCUAGCCUUCAGGCUGGAUUUAUGGAGCGGGGUACUACCUAUGGAUGAACUGUCAGUACGCUCUCCCGAUCACAUUGUACGAAGUAGAGGGAGUCCUUUGCACACCGUGUAUUUUUGGACACUGGAUAGAUUUCCGAUUCUGGCUUGAAAAAAAAUAAUUGUUUCGCGUGUUUGAUCUUGAAUGCAACCGUAACGUGAGAGCGAACUGGGGCCAGUACAUGAUCUAAGGAUUAUUGGAACUGAAUGAUCUCUGCAACGAGCGAUGGCAAAUGAACCAGUCAUUCUCAAUGUUUACGAUAUGUAUUGGAUUAAUGAGUACACAUCCACACUCGGAAUAGGAGUUUUUCAUUCUGGUAUUGAGCUAUACGGAAGAGAGUAUGCCUACGGAGGCCACCCUUACUCUUUCAGUGGAAUCUUUGAGAUCACACCUGGAAAUGCUGCAGAAUUGGGAGAGACAUUUAAAUUCAAAGAGGCCAUCGCCCUUGGCACCACAGACUUCACAGAGGAAGAUGUUGACAAAAUUAUUGAAGAGCUUGGGAAGGAGUUCAAGGGCAAUGCCUACCACCUCAUGCACAAGAACUGCAACCACUUCUCUGCAGGCCUGGCAGAGAUCCUGUGUGGGAAGGAGAUCCCUCGCUGGGUGAAUCGGUUGGCUUACUUCAGUUCCUGUAUCCCAUUCCUGCAGAGUUGUCUCCCUAAGGAAUGGCUCACGCCCGCAGCUCUCCAGAGCCACAUCAGCAGCCAGGGCUUAAACAAGGACGAUCAGAGUGACACAGGAGACGAUGAGUCCCCAUCCACCUCAGCCUCUGCAACCACCUCAGGAUCUACCAGGACCUGCAGACACACCAGAGUCUAACCAUGCCUCUGAACUGUAACUUCUCUGACCCUUUUCCAGUUUUUCAUAUCUGUUUUUGUAGACUUUCUGUGAUAAGCUUUACAGCCUAGGUGUGAUACCAAGU